AUGGCCAACCGUACGGUAAAAGAUGCGAAAACUAUUCAUGGGACGAAUCCCCAGUAUUUGAUCGAAAAAAUUAUCCGGUCUCGUAUUUACGACAACAAAUUUUGGAAAGAAGAAUGCUUUGCUCUGUCAGCUGAGUUACUUGUGGACAAAGCUAUGUUAAUGCGGUUUGUUGGAGGUGUGUUUGGCGGUAAUAUUAAACCUACACCAUUUUUGUGUUUAACCCUCAAAAUGUUGCAAAUACAACCUGAAAAAGACAUCAUCGUGGAGUUCAUAAAAAAUGAAGAGUUCAAGUAUGUACGUGCGCUUGGAGCUUUUUACAUGCGUUUGACUGGCUCUUCCGUGGACUGUUAUAAAUAUUUAGAACCUCUAUUGGCCGACAGUCGUAAAUUGAGGCGACAAAACCGAGAAGGACAAUUUGAGCUCAUGUACAUGGACGACUUUGUUGAUUCACUAUUGAGGGACGAACGUGUUUGCGAUGUUAUAUUACCUCGAAUACAAAGCAGACACGUAUUAGAAGAAAACAAUGAGCUGGAACCCAAAGUGUCAAUACUCGAAGAAGACAUUGAAGAAGGUGUUGAUUCGUCAGAUGAGGAAGAACCAACAGAUAAAAGAAGAGAAAAGACACAUCGAGACAAACAUUCUCCAGCAAAGGAAAAAAGAAGAGACAGAGAGCGUGACAAGAGAAAUAGGGAUAGGGACCGGAGAGAUCGUGACAGAAGAGAUAGGGACCGGCAUAGGAGAAGUAGAAGUCAUGAUCGAGAUAGAUCAAGAAGGCAUAGAUCCCGGUCAUCUCACAGAAAGUAA